CACCUGGAAGCCUCAACGAGUCACGUGAAUGUCACGUGAGAGACAGACAUACAGCUGAGCUCGGCUUGUUUAAGAUCGUAGAAGAACAGCAAUAACAACAAAAACUACAACCUAACAACAAUAAUAAUGACAGCGGCUCUGACUGCGGGUCUGGACCGGAUCCCGGAUCAGCUCGGGUACCUGGUGAUCAGUGAGGACGGAGUCCUGGCCUCUGCAGGUGAGCUGGAGAACGAUGAGGUCACAGCAGGGGUGAUGAUGCAGAUGGUCCGGACCGCGAGCCGCUUCAGGUUAUCAGGAGUCGCAGAGCCGCCAUUCAAACGCAUGUCAGGAAUGUCCCUGACAUGUUUGUUCUCCAUGGAGAGCAUAGCCAGAGCGUUGAGGCGAUUCGGUGUCAUGGUGUUUCUCAGGAAGGUCUCGAUCCUCUUCAAAGUAGAGAAGCAGCUCUCAGAUUCAGCUGUUGUCAUGGGUGUGGUGAUGAGGCUCCGGAGAAGACUGACAGUCUCUGUGAAAGUGCUCUGAAGGUUGUUCUCCAUGAAAACUGGAAAAGAGACACUGCACCACUGCAAGCAUUGAACUCACUGUUAUCACAGAGGAGGGACAGUUCUGUUUUGAGCUUGGUCUUUUUAACACAGGGUACGUCUGCACCUUCGUUUCAAGUGCUGCUUCAGGGAACUUCACACUGUGUUGUGGGAACAUCUCUCCAUGCAGCAGUGUUGCGCUGAGGAGGUGCUGGGUGAAGGAGAACCGCUCCUUGGCGGGCAUCAGGAUGGUAUCACACACCUGUAAAAGAUGUACCAUUAUCUGAAAUUGCAAUAAAGCUGUGAAAGGGAUGCUGAACAAAUGCCUAUUUCCAAGUCCAGUAUAUGACUACUAAGGUUGUAACAGCACUACUCCUGAUUGUACUUCAUAGCAUGUUUCCAUCUCCUGAUCUUUCACUCUCUAUUGGUUUCCACAAGAAAGCAAGGUUUAGAGUGGCAUUUCAAUAAAGACACCACAUAUGUUCUGA